CUGGCUGACACCCCCCUUCUGUAUGCUCGUUGCUUUUUUCUGCAUCAGAGUGGGAUGUAGCACACAGCUUCUCCUCACGCUCCAGUUUAUUUUCAGUAAAUGAUGGAAGCCAGUCAGCCUGAAGCCGUUUGGAUGGAGAGGAUUUCUUAUCAAUGAGAAGGACAACAUUUUCUGGGAGUUUGUAUUCAUGUUUGCAGUGGAAUGGAACUCAAUCAUUUCCUGUGUCUGCUGCUCUGUGCAGCAGUACUGACAGUUUCUGGAGUUUUUGGUGAAGAUGAGACCAGCGAGGCGAACAGGUGGGCCAGGCAGAGCCUCCCGGUGCUGCUGGACACACACACGGAGCCUUUAGACACCCCUUUGUUCAGAGGGCAGCAGGAGGAUGAGGAGAGAGGAGCGACAAGGACACUCUGUGGAAUAGAGUGUCAAAGCAGCCUACCACCUAUGGACCAGACUGAGCAAGAGAGGAUUCUGGGAUAUGAGACAGUGUAUGAGAAUGGCACUCGCACACACACAGAUGUCAGUUUGCAGGCUUUCAACAAGACGUCUGCAGGAACACCAGCCCACUCAUCAGCUCGCACUCGCAGGAAACGGCAGGUUUAUGGAGCAGAUGGACGCUUUGUGAUCUCUGACUCGCAUUUCAUCACCAACUAUCCUUUCUCUACCGCUGUUCGUCUCUCCACUGGCUGCUCUGGAGUCCUGAUAUCCCGGAAACACGUGCUAACAGCGGCACAAUGCAUCCAUGAUGGAAGGGACUACCUAGGGAGUGCCAGAAAGCUUAGAGUGGGGGUGUUGCAGCUUAAGACUAAAAGUAGAAGAGGGGGUAGGAGGAGAGGAGGGCGGCGGAUGGCUGGGAGGAAGGAAGAGGGGGAGGAGCCAGUAAGGGAGGAAGGUGAGGAGCAGAAUGGUGUAGAUAGAGAUGUUCUGACAGUGAGAAAGGGAGGCAAAGGCAGGAGGCGCAGGGGAAGAAAAGAGGGUGAGGAGGGUGUAGCAGAGUUGGAGAGAGGAGGGAAUCAAAGAAGUCUCAGCCGUAUACAACGUAGUGCUGAACCCAGGAAGCAGCCCGUCUUCCGUUGGACACGAGUCAAACAAACCAGAAUCCCUCAAGGAUGGAUCCAAACCAAGACCUCCACCAACUCUGUGUCCGCUGACUAUGAUUACGCUCUCCUGGAGCUGAAACGGCCCCUUAAACAGAAGUACAUGGAGCUGGGAGUGGUGCCCUCUGCCACCCCACUGGCACGGAUCCACUUCUCAGGCUAUGACGCCGACAAAAGCCUGCUGGUCGGGCGUGGAAAUGAGAAGGUGAUUUACCGGUUUUGCUCGGUGGCAAACAAGUCUGACGAUUUGAUGUACCAGCGCUGUGACGCGCAGCCGGGCGCCACGGGAGCGGGCGUUUACGUUCGUCUGAGAGAGGAAGUAGGAGGGGAAGGCAGGAAAGGGAAGUGGCAGCGGAGGGUGAUCGGGGUGUUUACAGGCCAUCAGUGGGUGGAGGUGGAGGGAGGUGAGCAGAGGGACUUUAAUGUUGCAGUGAGGAUUACUCCGGCCAAAUAUGCCCAGAUCUGUCACUGGAUCCAUGGAGAUCCAAGUUUCUGCAAAGAGUUUUGACUGCAAAACGAUGGAGCUGGAAAAAAUAUUUGUUGUCAGUUUAAUGAAGUCUCAAAGAUCCGGGCUUUUUUUUUUGAAAGUCUUAAGAAUGGUUCUAAACUUUGUCUUAUGACUUGAAUUUAUUUUAGUAAAAAAUAGGACUUUGUACAAAGAAGCUAACUUGUGUGAUUCCUGAGUUCAGACUGAAGUGUUGUCAAUUAAGGACUACAAUCAUGUCUGCCCAAAAUGCACUUCCUGAAGCGCUUCUGCUAAUAGCACACCUCCAGAGGUCAUGUGUCAUGGCUGCAUCACAGCUUUCUGCUUCAUGCACACCUUGUUGUAAUUAAGCCUAGCCUGUUGUGUCCAACAUAACU